GUUAGACGUUUUUUGCGCGGGUUCGCUGCUGUUGUUGAUCUGCAAGUUCUGCCACUAAAGAAUCGCUAUGGUUCUAACCCGUGGGGUUUUACUUGCUCUAGUUUUGCAGCUUCUUUUUCUCCAAUCGACAGUAAUUUCUGCUAAUGUGGAUUGUUUACCGAGCGACAACAACUUUUGCCGUUGCUCUACCAGUAACAUUACACUGGAUAUCGCCGACAUGGGUCUCUCCUUCCCGGCACUCACCUUUCAAGAUAAUGGAAAGUACAGCAUCACCUAUACGCCAUGUCAUGUUCAACUAUGUGGGAAUGACACUAACAGUGCACUUUGUCAGUUAAAUACGGAAAUUAUGGAAUACUACUCCCUUGGGACUUAUAGUAAAUUCCAGUGGACCAUUACCGACUUCAAUCCCCUGGAGUUUAUGAUCCAAUAUGAUGGCGGUACCGAAGCCUUUGAUACCAGAAGAAAGUUAUUCUUUACCCCGCAGAAAUUCUUUUGUUUAUUUCAAGAAAGGAAAUAGCCCUACAAACUUUACUUUUGUGAAUGAAGAACAUCCAGUAAUCUAUCACUUCAAAGUGUCCGGUUCAGGAGUGAAUUCCGUGAAAGGUAUCCCCCCACCCACCAAUGUCAAAGCGGUCCAAGACGGUCUCACUAGCAUCAUUGUGUCGUGGACUCUGUCCAGUAAUGCCACUGGGUACAGGAUCUACUAUGACAGCAGUGGAGGUCACGGUGGGUUUGAGGAUGUCACCAAUGGUUCUACUGACAACUACACUCUGGAAGGUCUUCAGACUGAGACGCACUAUACCAUUUUGAUUAUGGCCACCUCUGAAGAUCACCCUCCAAGCACUCUUGUGGAGCUGAAUAUCUAUUUGAUCUCACCUCCAGGGAAGAUACUAUUGGCUGUGCUAUCUGUAACCCCUACCUCAAUUUCACUCUCAUGGAGUGUUGGAAGUGGCUCGGUGAUGGGUUGGGAGGUAUUUUGGAGAGAUAGUAAUGGGAAUGUGACUGAAAACACUAGUGGAAGUCUCAGUGGUACCAACUAUACCAUUAAUGACUUGCUAACCACUACUUCGUACAGUGUUAGAGUCAGAGCCGUUAAUGUGGUUGGUACAACAGAAAGUCCUCAUAUCAUUAUCGUAACUUCAAACUUCUCUAACGUA